GUUGAGUCAUGCAAAUCAAGCCACCAUGAUUUAGCCACUUGGGUCCUGACAGAAGUCAUGAUUGCUCUUGUUCAUAUAUUUCUACUCGCUCUCUCUCCUUUCUUUCUCCUCUGAUUGUCUAUAUAUAUUUAUGCAAGUCCUAGGUGCUUUCCUGUACUGUCAUAGCAAAAUCUGCAACCUCUCUGCUCCAAAGGCUGCUCUCUCUCUCUCUCUCUCUCUCUCUGCGGAUUCCAAAUCCAAGAAAUCCAGGCAAAACCCUGAAAGGGAACCAGAAAGUUGAAUUGUUUUUUGACGAGAGAGUGAGAAUUGAUUAAAUUAGGCAAGAGAAAAUGGGUACUGAGCAGAAGGAGGAUGGAAUGGAGCUGAGCUUGAGCUUGAGCUUGGCCAUGGGAUCAUUGAGGCCGCAGAUUACCCAUAAACACAAAUCACCCAAUUGGAACCACCUACUGUUUCAUUCACCUCCAGUUACAGAGAUCGGGAAGAACGAUACGGGAGUGCGCCCUCGGGGGAUCGACGUGAACCGGUCGCCGCCGCCGCCGCCGGCGGUGGGCAAUGCCGACGACGACGCGGGUGUGUCGUCGCCGAAGAGCACGGUGUCGAGCAUCAGCGCGAAGAGGGGCGAGAGGGAGGAGACGGAAGCCGAGAGGGCCUCGAGUUCCCCCGCAUUAUUCGUCGUGGACGGCGAGGACGACGGCGGAGGCGACGGCGGCGGAGAGGAGGCGGUGAAGAAGAAGCUGAGGCUGACGAAGGAGCAGGCGGCGGUGCUGGAGGAUACGUUCAAGGAGCACAACACACUGAACGCGAGGCAAAAGUCGGCUUUGGCGAAACAGUUGAAUCUGAGGGCCAGACAGGUGGAGGUUUGGUUUCAGAAUAGGAGGGCAAGGUUUAAGGAUGCGACGGGGUGCAGGACGAAGCUGAAGCAAACGGAGGUAGACUGCGAGUACUUGAGGAAAUGCUGCUACAAUCUGACGGAGGAGAACCGCCGGCUGCAGAAGGAGGUGCAGCAGCUGCGCGCCAUCAAACUCUCCCCCUCCUCCCUUUACAACUGCAUCCACCUUCCCCCCACCACCCUCUCCAUGUGUCCUUCCUGCGAGCGCCUCUCUCUCUCCUCCUCCUCCUCCUCUUUGUCUUCCCCGGCCGCCGCCGCCGCCUCCGCUGAUCUCACUCGCCGCCACCACCACCACCUGGCGGGUCCACACCACUAUAGCCGCCCAGUUCCCAUCAGAUCAUGGGAGCCGGCGCCGGCCCCGGGAAUGCAGCGUCUUCUGCCGCUCGACGCUCCCGGUCCUCGAUCGUGAUUUUGAUUUCCUGGUAGGGGGGGCAUAAGGGGAAAUGUGGGAUUUGGGACGGGGGUAAUUUGGUCAGUAAAAAUUAGAGAAGAGGACUUUGAUUUCCCGGUAGGGGCAAUUUGGGCAAUUUAUGAGGGAGGGUGGUUGGGAUAUGGUUUUGGAAUUUGGAAGUGUCAACCCUUUUUAGUUUUUGCCGUUAUAAUAUCUAUCAUCUGAUUUAUUCAAAUCAGCCAAUUGAAGCUUGCCAGGUGUUACUCUGCAAUGCCGCCAUGUGGAUUCGAUUGGAGGGUAAAAAAGUACUUUACUUAGAUGUGAAGGAAUUCAAUAAACGAGCUUCGAGUUGAAUUCAA